GCCUCGUCACCAUUCCGAUUGACACUCAAGCUGACCAAUCAGCGCGCUGGCUGGAGCGUGGCGCUGCUCCUCUGAAAGCACAUGCGCACUGUACUGACUCGGGAGAUGGACGGCCGCCGUGUUUUGGGUCCGAUCUGGAGUGGCUGGCGGCGGGGCCUGGGUGUAAGCACAGCGCCCGAGGACGCAGACUUUGGCAUCGAAGCCCGGCAUCACAGGCAACCCCGCGGCUCCCGCCUACGGUCGGGGCCCCUCGGGGACCAGCCCUUCCCGGGGCUGCUGCCAAAAAACCUCAGUCGGGAGGAGUUGGUUGAUGCGCUGCGGGCAGCCGUGGUGGACCGGAAAGGACCUCUAGUGACGUUGAACAAGCCACAGGGUCUACCAGUGACAGGAAAAUCAGGAGAGCUGACGUUGUUGUCAGUGCUGCCAGAGCUGAGCCAGUCCCUGGGGCUCGGGGAGCAGGAGCUUCAGGUUGUCCGAGCAUCUGGGAAGGAAAGCUCUGGGCUUGUACUCCUCUCCAGCUGUCCCCAGACGGCUAGUCGCCUCCAGAAGUUCUUCACCCAUUCACAGAGAGCCCAGAGGCCCACAGCUACCUACUGUGCUGUCACUAAUGGGAUCCCAACUGCUUCGGAGGGGAAGAUCCAGGCCGCCCUGAAACUGGAACACAUUGAUGGGGUCAAUCUUACAGUUCCAGUGAAGGCCCCAUCCCGAAAGGACAUCCUGGAAGGUGUCAAGAAGACUCUCAGUCACUUUCGUGUGAUAGCCACAGGCUCUGGCUGUGCCCUGGUCCAGCUGCAGCCACUGACAGUGUUCUCCAGUCAACUACAGGUACACAUGGUACUACAGCUCUGCCCUGUGCUUGGAGACCACACAUACUCUGCCCGUGUGGGCACUGUCCUGGGCCAGCGAUUUCUGCUGCCAGCUGAGAGCACUAAGCCCCAAAGACAGGUCCUGGAUGAAGCCCUCCUCAGACGCCUCCACCUGACCCCCUCCCAGGCUGCCCAGCUGCCCUUGCACCUCCACCUACAUCGGCUCCUCCUCCCAGGCACCAGGGCCAGGGACACCCCCAUCGAGCUCCUGGCACCACUGCCCCCUUAUUUCUCCAGGACCCUACAGUGCCUGGGGCUCCGCUUACAAUAGUCCUCCCUCUGUUCCUGACCCCCUCACACACACUGGAAAGUGAGGGUGGGGGCUCUGCAGUCGGACAAACCUAAGAUCACAUCCUGGACAGGCCACCUGCUUGCUGUGUGGCAUUGAGCAAGUAAGUUUACCUCUCUGGACUUGUGAUAAUAAAAGUUCCUACCUCAUGUUAUGGUUUUGAGGAUUUGCUAAGAAAGUAAAUGUUUAUUACAGAUCUUGCUUUCUGCUGA